AUGCAUACGCUACGAAGCAAAAGACUGUGUCUGACUGUCAAGCUGGCUAGGUCGUCAACAUUGAUGACGACUAUUAGCGACUUUGUCUUUGUCCCCGAAUUAGCCACGAACAACGACUUCACUGCCAGCGCCACGGUUACUAAUGUCGUAUAUCCAUCAUCGAUGACUGGUUUCAGCGGUCAGGUGGUUACAUGUCAGACCGGAGUCACCACCAUUAGCAGCGAUGGUGCCGUUCUUACCAAUUGUCCCUACACGGUGCAGUCGACCGUCCUCGGGUUGACGGCGACUGGAGCUGGUAGCCUGCUAACCGCCGUCGUGUCUUUAGCUGACUAUAUUAUAGAACUUGUUACAAUCACGAACGGCGUCGUCACCACGAUCCAGACAGAGCUUAUGACCAGCGCGACCACGACACAGACAGAGCCUGCAACAACCGCGAACAGUGCCCUGCCCAUAAUUACCACUGUCGCUGAUGUCACCUUUUUGCUAGAAUCGUCUGCAGGUGCAUCGACGCCGGCAAGUUCUCGAUCGUCAACCAAUCCUGGGCCCUCUUUAAGGCCGAAUGCCCCUUCGAGUGUUAUAGAAAGCACGAGUACCAGUGGUUCCGAAGGCGUUAGCAGCAGUCCCGUGUCUACUUCAAGCACCAAGAUCGGCUCAAGCAGUGUCCCAUAUCCCAUAACCAACACUUCGGUCAGGUCGACGUCAUUGAGUACGCGCAGCAGCCUCAACCCGAGUGUUCCUGUGUCUGUAACUACACCAUCUGUUACGCUUGUGACUUCGAGCUCAAGCUCUAGCGAGACCUCGUCGUCUUUGAGCUCCGCGAUAUCGAACUCGAGUUCAUUGAUGUCUUCCCCGUCGCCCACAUCCAGCAGCAGUCUUAGCUCGAGCGUUAAUCCUCCAGCCACCAACUCGUCGACGACUUCAUCGAUGAGCACCACACCUGUUGCCCCACUCACUGGUUGUGCUGUUGCAAGCGGUAUCUUAGGAUAUACUCCUGCCGUAUCUUACUGCUCUUCAGCCUAUCCGGUGACAACAUACACUACCUUGCUCAAUGCUACAAUCACCAAUAUCGUCACCACCUCAGUUCCCACCUCCACUACCUACAGUAGCCUUACUCUGCCUGUUCAGACGGCUGUGGAGACAGAUCAGGAGACUGUGUAUCUUUCCAGCACCUUCUCGACAGAGUCUACGGUUAUAGAGACAACGACGACUACCUUGACAGUCACCACCACCCCUCAGGCAACGUUCACAGUGCGUAGAAGACAAGCGGCGCCUUCAGCUCAAGCCAGCAUUUUCUCGAGUAUCAUGUCUCGUCGAGCCUCAGAUAUCGCUUUGGUGUGCUCCUGCCUCCAGACCCCAGCGACAACUUCUGUCACGAGUACGGAAACAGUCCUGAGUACAACAGUCGCCACCCCAGUUGUCAGCGCCAACAACACCAUCACACCACCUCCAGUGACAAUCCAAGUCACCGAAACAGCAUUCAUCACCGAAGUCGUGUCCGUCACAGACCUCACCAGCACCACGACCACGCAAACCGCCACAGCAACCGCCACCGCUCCUGCCACAUGCCAAAACUUUUUCACCUGCUCAGAAGGUGUCGAUGCUUCCUGUGACCCGAACUCUGGCGGGUAUUGCCUCUGCACCGAGAUCGCCGGCACCGGGCAAGGCUUCUGCACUUCCUUUAGCACAUACACCGUGGGCUGCACCACCAGUUCCGACUGUGGAGAAAACAUGCUUUGCGCUCUGAAUACUUGCAUCGGUAACGUGUGUAUCCCUAACGUAGACGCGAUUUGCGCCAAUCCUGGCGGACAGGCGGAAGCUCGUCGCAGGUUCCGCAGAGGGGCGACACGGAGAUCUGUGUGGAAUGCGCCGCUUGGGAAACCUGUGGAUAUGUAUAAUGGUCUUGAUGCGUGA